ACACUUACCUGAACACAAAACAAUCACAGUCACCUCAGAUAUCGGGCCCUAGGCCUAUAGAUGCGUAGCUAGAGUAUCGAUCGCUAGGACACUACAGGACCCACCACAUAGGGGUUCAAACGCGCGCUGAAGAGGUUCAUCCAGGAUAUAACUAUAACUGCAAGGAAAAGAAGGCCCCUUCGCUGGUAUAUCGUUGCCGCAAUUGCCAGGCCUCAAGCUGGAAGCUGCAUCGAUCGGUAUCUGGGAAUUCAGUAGUAACCAUGAAUUUUCGCUCGAAGCUGCUCGCCAUCCAGAGCACAAAGCUCGCGGAUUUGACGUCGAUACGGAAUUCUGCUCCACGGAAGGCUAGCGAGGACCAGGAUGUGGACGAGAUCGUCCCGGAGGUCAUCUCUUUGAAGAAACUCAGGCUGGACGUCAGGAAUGACUGGCAGCAUGCUUGUGAAGCGUAUGCCACUUCUCACGACGGAGAACAGCUGGACGAGGACCUCAUAACGGGAUAUGUGGAAGGUGCUGUAAGGGAAUACGUUUUGGACAGGGCGUACGAGGAACCAAGCUUCGCCUCAAGUACCGAAUCUAGGUCGACGUUUUACCAAAAGUUGUUCGACUCGCUCGAUAUCGGGCUUGUCUUGUUCGAAGUCGCCUACGAGCAAUAUCAAACCACAGCUUCGUUAGACUCUGGCGCAUCGCUCAGUUUGAUCCUAGAAGACUUGGGGGAUGUCCUGUCUGUCCAAAGCUGGAGCGUGAUCUUCGGCUGGGUAGAGCGCAGAGCUGAACAGAUCACAGCAGGAAUGCAACCAUCUAAAGGGAAAUCUUUAACGCUGCUGAAGCUGUUGAAUCAUCUCUUACAACAAACGUCUCAUGUGAUGGUUGAUUUCGAAUCCAGUACGGAUACGCUUCUGCUGAGAGCCCGAAUACACCUGUUCAUUACCGAGUGGUUCAAGCUGAACGACAUGAGCGGCGUCAAUCUGCGAGGAGAAUACUCGGAGAUGAGGCAAAGGUGGCCGGGAAUGAACGGUGAUGAUGAGGACGAGGAAGAUGAGGAGGAAAAAGAGCUUGAAGCGGGCGCGAGGGAGGAUCUGACCGAGACCAAGGUGGAAGCAGAAGAUGCCACGACGAUGGAAUCGAAGGAGAUCGAGGGCACCGGUCCGGAGGUACCCAACGGCCAAGCAACAGCAACGGGGGAGAAGCAGGCCGAUCAGCAGGGAACGACAGACUCAGAGACAGGAGCUGCUGCUGGUAAGCAGAAUCCCGAAGAUGCUGCGGAUCGUAUGGAGGUGGAUGGGCCAGAAACACAGGCCAAGUCAGAGGAAGAGGCCGAUUCUGCCGUGCCAAAGCAGGAGGACCUCUACUCCGUGCUAUACCAUCUUCAAGUCGCCUUCACCAAUCCGCCGUCUCUCGCCGGUUCUCGCCCAGUAACAGCGGCCAGUACAUCUACCUCUGCGAGCGAGACGCCCAUACAAGCUUUCAGAAGGCGGACAGGCGUCCUUCUCAACGAAUUGAGUAGUCGGCGAGGGGAAGCCAUUGAGAUGGCCAAGAGCAUGCGAGAGGCGGCUUUAGCCGGCACUGAGGAGACUGAUCUGCGGACAGACGAGUAUCCGGCUUUUCUGGUCAACCGGCGGACUUUGGAAGCCGAUUUGGUCAACCCGAUAUAUCGCAAGCGGAUAUACGCACAGUUUCUGGUUCUAUUACAACAAAUCGCGCAGUUGACGGAGAAGGAGAGGCCAAAGCAUCCUAAAACGCCGCAAUUCCCGCCAUCCUUUUUUGUUGAGGUGUCAGAUGCUGACUGGGCAGGCGAGACUGCUAGUCAGAUCAGGAUCGAACUGAUGAAACUACCUGACGGAAGGGACUUCGAAGCUCGGAUCCGCAAAAUGCUCGAGAUGGAUAGACACUAUGCUCUUUGGAAGCAGCUAUCUUGUCCACCUUUAGAUCAGAAACCAGCGGAAGAUUCGACCUUGGAGCAAGCCGAGAUAAACCGGAAGCGAAUCAUUGCUCCUUUGAAGCCGUAUCGGUGGUCUGCCGGAACAAAGAGUUUGAGCCGCCUAGGUACCGACCCUCUGACCGGUGUCGAUCAGCUCAAGGGUUUCAAGGUAGCGGAGACUGUGCAGAGCUUGAAGGAAAAGUAUGACCGCGAAGUUGAAGAGGAAGAGGACGAAAAGGCUAUGGGCCGGGAAUAUACCACAAAGCUGGGACCAUUCGUCGAAAACAAAGCAUCUCUGUCAUGGAAAGCCCUGCGCCUGGCCAGUCGAACCGAUCUGAAUGCCUUUCCGAAGGCGCGAAACGGAGAUCUGCCGGACCUCGUCUCAGCCAUCGAAGCGAGGCGAUCGGAACAGGCUGGUACAAAUGCUGCCGCUCCCGAAAACGAGGAACCAGCCGGUAUGGACAACAUUGGUGCUGACGGCGAAACGCCUGGGCCUGAAGAGGUCGCCGAGGCAGAAGGCGAGGCAGCAGCAACUGAUGCGAUCAAAGCGGAAGCUCCUUCGGAAGCGAUGAAUGUCGAGCCAGAAAAGGCGGACCUGCCGACCGAAAUGAUAGCUGGCGAAGCGUUGGAAACAUCUGACUCUGCUGCCGCCGAGACCGAGUCAAUGAACGUAGAACCGAAAGUGGAAGAGACAAAGGUGGAUGAUGCCGAGGCAGUGAUGCAGGAGGGAGGUGUAUGAAGGGGGAGAAUCUGGGUCCAGUCUUCCAUAUAUCAGGGAGAUGAGUAGACGAGGUGUAUGCGUGGGUCCCAGAGACCUGGAUUACAUAAUCAUGAUACUAGCACCGCAGGACAUGCUAUGCUUGAAAGUCUAUAUCGUUAAGUAAGAAGCGUAUACU